AUGUCUCUUAUUGAAAAGUCUUUGAAACGCUUGUCAUCUCAAGUGGAUAAAAUAUCAUCUUCAUUGGAUCAAGCAUUGGAAUAUUCGUAUUCAUACAAGAUCAAGCUUGUGGGCGUUCCUGAAGUUAAGCAAGGAGAAAGCGCCGGAGAUACGCUGGAACUUUGCAUGAGAAUCUUCAACAAAAUUGCAGCUGAAAUUCAUCCUUAUGACCUUGACAUUGCCCAUCGAGUGCCAUCUCGUAACACGUCUGAUGGUCGACCGAAACCGAUUAUUUGUAAAUUUACUCGGCGCAUCGCCCGUGAAAGUGUUAUGGCAGCCCGUAGAGAAGUAAACAGGAUCGUUCCUGCUGAUAUUGGUCUCCGAGAAAGCUCAUCUUUAGAACAUGCUGCUAUCUACGAUCACCUCUCCCCACGACUGCAGAGUUUAUUAUCUGACGCCAAGAAAAUAAAGGAAAGAUUUCUCUUCUCAUUUUGUUGGGCCAAGAACUCAACCAUCUGGCUGCGGAAAAAUGAAAACUCUCGUCCGAUCGCCAUUAAAAAUUCAACCGACUUGUCCAGUCUCACAGCUCGCCUAGGAUCUUCUGGUGAUGCCACUACUCCACAAGAACAUUAACAAACAAUCUACUAAGGUAAAUAAAACACUCCUAAGUGAGCUUCCAUAUUUCAAUUACAGCGAUCUAAUUUCCGCACAUGGCCAAUUUAAUAAUUCUCUUAGUUCCUCUCUUCCUACCAAAAAAUAUCUUGAUCGUCUCCCAAGUUAUUACGACCUUGAUUUAUUUACUCUGAAUACAUUUUUAGAUAGAAGCUCUGACUCUAACACUUAUUACUCUAAUACAAGAUGUAAAUACUUCUCUCCACAUAGUUAUUGUGAUCAAAAAAGUAAGUUUGCUACUAAUCCCUAUCCAGAUUCUAAUAUUUCGUUUAUGCACACAAAUAUCCGCAGCCUAAAACGUAAUUUAGAAAAUUUUCAAACUCAUUUAUUAGAUGAACUAGAUUUUCAUUUUAAUAUCAUAGGCGUAACAGAAACAAGAAUAAACAGCUCGACUGAGAACUUAGAUUUUAAUCCUUCGAUUUUGCAUUAUAAUUUUGAAUACCUGCCAACGCCUCUUUCAGCUGGAGGUGUAGGCAUGUAU